AUGGACAAUUUCGAACCUUUUCUAGAAAAUAUGAUGGGACUGGUCUCUCCCUUUGCAGGAGUUCAUAACCUUGACCUAUCUCCAGAUUCUUCUUCUGAUGCAACUGGAAGCCGACAAAUAUGGGCCCUAAAAACUCCAAGUGACGGGCCAUUUGCCCCAUCAUCAAUUUCGGAUAUGGAAAUGGCUUCUAUUCGAGCCUAUGGAAGCGAAGCUGAGAUUACCAACGCCUAUUAUAUCUACAUUCACCCCUAUCUUCCACUUCUACCAUCUUCGGUUAUUCCGCACCAUGAAGAUCAGCCAAGCUUUCUUCAACCACCGGGAGAAUCUACAGAGCCGAGGAAGGCCGACCUUCCCUACUGGCCAAAAUCGUCCUUGAGCCUGGCUAUAUCCGCAAUCCUAGUCCUGAUUCCCCCCUCUCAACAUUCCAGCCAAAUUGAAGAACCCAAUUUUGCCUUCAGGAGAUCCUAUGCACAGCUGUUUGCCCAAUCAGCUCUUGUCAACAUUGAAAAGGAAAUUGACAAUCUAGGCCCAUCGUCAAGCUUUCACCUCGAGAACACUAUAUUCCGAAGUUCUCCCCUUCAUCCUGAUCUACCAAUACAGCUUGAUCCUAUCCUGGCGCUGGUAGUCCUCGCUAUUUAUGAGUACGUUCAGCGUGGCAACGUGUCUCGGAUGCGAGCUCGUAUCAAUCAAGCCGUGACUACCGCUAUGGAUAUCUCUCUUCAUGCGCUGGGUGAAACUACAAAUGGGCCUUCAGAGGGUCAAAGGAGGGCUUGGUGGAUAACUAUGUUUGUUUCCUACCUGUCUUCUAAUGUUCAUCUUGCGCCACCAGUUAUCGCCUCUGAUGAUAUAAGAAUAACGACACCCUAUCCUCGAUUUGAUGUUCAUCUAGAGCCCUGGGGCCUCAUGAUAAAUGCGCAGAGAACGCUUUUUGCCACUCAUCAAAUGGCCAAGAAGAUCGAAAGCUCGGCCGACUUAGCUCGGCCGGCUGAUAUUGGGACACAAAUUAAACAGUUGGAUAUAUCUAUUACGUCUGCGAUGACGGAGUCAGACCACUGUCUUCAAACAAAUUUUGGUACUGAAUACGAAGAGCCGAUUGCCGAAAACAUGUGGAGAAUCAGUCGCAUCCUCAUCUACACCGCUCGAAUUCGUCUUCACCGUUUCAGAGCCUUCAUGGAUAUCCCAUUAUUCUUGGACAAAUACUGCGACCUCACGUCUAUCAACAGUGACGGUCUUUCCUCUACACCUUCACCCGUCUGGGUGGCUGAUCGCGAGUCGACCUUCCCCUUCACUGAGCAAGAGUCUUCGGUAAUAUGUCUGAAAGCAUCUCUGGUCGUUGCAACCUCCUUUCGCAAUCUUCCUUAUCCAGUUACCUCCAGUUUAGGGCCCUGCGAAAGAGCCCCUACCCGCAAGUGGCCCCAUACCCUCCCAUAUUUCGUCUGUGGUGCAAUGCAGGGCUGUUAUACUCUUUUGAUGUUACUUCAUAAAGUCCGUGCAUGCCUUGCUACCGAUCGUCUAACUAACUGCUAUCAUUUACUUGAUAAAGCUGAGACGAAAACGGAGAUUUCAGAUGCGGAGAGGUUAACAGAGGAGUUACGUCACGGUGUGAAGUCUCUUGGAAUGUCUUUGAAAUCUGAUAUUGUCUUCGAAGGUGUCGGUGGCAUGGGACGAGAAAUUGAAAGUGCAUAUCUGGCCGCAUUCCCGGAAUGUCUUGAGAUCUGA